AUGACGAAGCGCCGACAGAAAAUGGCUAAGAAAAUGCAAACGACGGAGAAUGAGGGUUACGAAGAGCCGGAGCCGAACUAUGUUGCUGCGCAUUGGCGAUUUAAGGAUGGCGUGGUAAAGUCUUUGGUAGAGGACGUGUUUAAAGCGGGCAUGUAUAGUGAAGUGUAUCGGCAUGCUAGUGAAAGUUUGGGGGCUGAUGAAGUGCCACAUGAUAGCGAUAGAUUUGUGGACGUCUUGAAGCAGGCUUUUAGGAAGCACGUCACUACUGAGGUGAGGUGUUAA